AUGAGAAAGGUGGACAAGUGGACCCCGUUCGUGGAUGGGUUGUCGAAUUCAAAACGAGGAGCGGGAAUUGUUUUAGUCGUGCUUGAUGCAAUAACCAUUCAAUACGCCAUAAGGGUCAGCUUUCGAGCCUCGAAUAACAAAGCAAAGUAUGAGGCCUUGCUAGAUGGGCUCAGGUUAGCAGCUGUCUUAGGGGUCCAAUUCCUUAAUGUCCUUUAUGAUUCUCAACUCAUCGUAAACCAAGUAUCAGCAGAACAUGACGUCAAGGAAGCCAGAAUGAUAGCCUACUUGGGCGAGACACGAAAGCUCAUGAGUAAAUUCCAAGAGUGUAACAUUAGUCAUAUACCAAGAGCUGAGAAUUCCUGGGCCGACGCCCUUGCGAAACUAGCCUCAGGAGUUGAAGGGAGCAUCCUGAGGAUCGUCCUAGUUUAA